AUGUCCGGUCUUACCAGCAACAUCACAGACACGGCCACGGGCGCGACCUCGGGAGCAGGUAAUCCCACCGGGCUUGCUUCAAAUGUGACAAACACAACAUCAUCUACUGGGGCCGGGGGCAUAGCAUCAAACGCAACCCAGAGCAGUAACGCCACUGAGUCCGCCCUUCCACCCGGACAAUUAGAUAUUAUCAAGGGGGUUGCCGGCCUGAACACGAACCACAAGGGCGAGGUCAUUGGCCUGGGCAGGGAUGACAACAAUGCUCUGAUUAACCUCCUGGCGAGGGAGAAGAUGAAGAAGGACAAGGGGACUAGUGACGAAGAAUUAGACAAGAUGAGCCAGGAGGAUAUCCUGAAACAGUCCGGCCUGAACCAUGCAAGCAAAGAGGAGAUCGAAGAGCUUUCUAAGAAGGAUUCGGUCCAGAAGUUCAAGCAGGAGGCGCAGAAAAAGACUGUCUCGUCCGGAGUCUUCUACGCUUAUGGCGUCCAGAAGGUCGGCGGGCUGACCAAGCGGUUCCUCUACACGUUCGCCAAUGCCUCCGUUGCAAAUCAGUACAUUCAGAAGUUGCAGGAUACCUAUGGAGCAGCUGUCAAGCGCCACGGCUCCCAGUUCUUCACUCUCCCCGACACUCCGAACCCAUUUACCAUUGCAGAGAGCCAGGAGUUCAAGCAGUUCGAGCAGAAGUAUAUCGUCGAAGAAGCCCAGGCUCCCCAGCCCAUCAUCCCUCCGAUGGAUGCGGCAGGAUACUCGAACACUCGAGGACUUGGCUGUGACUGCACUUGCGGGAAAGCUUCAGAGACAAAAGGCUCGGGGAACACAAGCGGAAACUCCAAUGUCAAGCCAUCGAACAAUACUGGCGACAAUUCUGCUGCAAACACAAAUACCACCAACAACAAAGGAAGCAAUAACAACACAACCGGAGGCAACAGCAGUACUUCGGAAACGAACAAACACCAGUCGAGCGGAGGGAACUGUCACCACCAUUGCUGCGGAUGUCACGGUUCAGGAUGUGGCACCUCUGAUGCCGAGUUGAUCCGGGUUGCUUCAAAGAUAGCAGACGAGAAGAAGGCGAAAGGCGAUACGCGCAGCUACGCGGACAUCUUCGCCGAGGCGUUCAACGAGCUGAAGUCCACCACCAAAAGCAAGUGA